GAUAUUUAUGCUACCCUAGCAACGGUGAUAUAGUGUAGUGAUGGUGGUAGUAAUGGAAUUGGUAAAGCGCAAAGAUGAAAGAGCUUCUGUGGUAUCAAGUUUGCAUUUGUGCGAUUGCGACUGUGUUGCUUGUGCCUGGAUUUGCAAGCAAUGGUAUCAACUGUCUGGAUUUCGUCAGAGGAGCUAGUGAUGGUAAAGAUGCAACAGUGGCACGUCAUACUACUUACGUGAGUUAUUCUGGAGAAAUCGAACCAAGGACCCCUGUUGCCAAUCCAGUCAAAACAGAGAUAGUCACCAGUGAUAAUCUUUAUUCAACCAUCAAGGAAAAUCCUUUUGCUGCGACAGAAUCAGUAGUACGUGCAAUUGAUAGGUCUGCCAUUACUAUACCAGUGAUUAGUGAGAAAGAUGCCACAGACCCUGAAAAAGCCACUACUAUACCAGUGAUCAGUGAGAAAGAUGCUACAGAUCCUGAAAAAGAAUUCAAAGUUACCAGUGAUGCGGAAAUUACAGUACCAGCCCAGGGAAGUAGUUCUGUAGUGGUUCCAGCAGUGAUGAGAACUAGACAGCAUCAUCAGGUGGAUGGGGUACUGAUGACAUCAACUAUCAGUGCAUUAGUGAUAUCGACAGAUACUGAAAAUGGAACUGUAGAGGAGGAAAAGGAGGUAGCUGAAGGUUCCACAGUGGCAGUAGCCACACACGAGGACAGAGCUGUUGAGGAAAAUGCAACCAUCUCUACUUUCCGACAGUCAGUGUCUACAGAAACAAUACUUCCAUAUUGUACCUGUGAUCUGACCGCAAUGUGUGACAUUGGCUGCUGUUGUGACAGAAACUGCAACUUAACAAACCCAGAAGCAGUGUUUGUGUCCUGCCUUCCGGGAAGCAGACGGGUGGUGAGCCAGGUUUGUGUGGAUGACUUCCUUAUUUUUAGAACUAAUGCUCCUUAUCCGACAACAGUGGUCAAAGAGCCUGGACAAAACAGACAGUACUGUAUCGAGGUUGACAAUCCAAGCUUGAACUACUUUGUGGAGCCUCAAAGUGUUAACAGUACAAAUUUUGAGCCACUUCUUUCACAAUAUGGAAGACCAUCAUUCAUCAAGGCAUCACAGAGCUUGCAGCUGUCAUCAUCAUUUUACAGAGUUGGAGAUCCAAUUCUAACUUAUUUCCCCUCUACCUCUGCACUGGGUGCACUAGGACUGCCAGGAAAGAUGGGAAGUUCUGGAGUCUGUGUUGAUGCCAGUCCAGCAGGAUUUCUACAGAGACGCAAUAUAACAUGCUCACGAAUUUUCACAAACUUGAAUAACCAGUGUGAUCUACCAUUCCUCAGUGCAUCAACCUACUACUCAGGCUUCGUAGUGUUAAAGACCCCAAAUUACAGCAAUGCCAAUCUGAGUGAGAUGAAGGUUAACAUAAUAAAUGGAAACAGAAUACUUUCUCCUAGUCUGAUCGAGAAUAGCUGCAGCAAUGUUGUGUCUAAGGUGCAGUAUAUUAUCACCUAUAACGGUACCAGUGGUAUUCAGAAUGUGACGGUGACCUUUGAAUAUACAAAUAUAUCUACAGAUUCCAUGUCGUUGCUACAAACCUUCGUCAUAGAGUUUGUGAGCAAUCCUCAUGUGCCCUCCAUCUCAGUACGGAGUGGAAAUCCUGGUUACAUCAUCGGUGCACCACUUCUGGCCCUCACAGUAAAAGGUGAAUUAGUGCCUGUUACAGUCUUGCAGAACACAGCAAAUGGCUUAUGCACAGAAGAAUUGCGCACAACAGUGCCCUUUGGGUACAACAUGCGGUCCAGCUGUACACACAGUUUUUCAGAAAACACAGCAAACAACUGUGCACAGUUACGCAAUGAAUCUUACUCCUUUCUCCAGGGAAAAAGCAUCUUGAAAUCCCUUGCUGCAUUAGGAAAUGCCACUGCUUCCCAAACGGCCUUCUGGGCAGGUCUGGUAUAUGGAAGCUGUGCAGUACAGAAUGAAGAUGGCAGUGAGAGUUGUACUAUUCCAAUUGGCUUGGACAUUCAGAUUGUGUGGGCAUAUGUAGGAAAGCUCUCUAAUCCCCAGGCUCAGGUGCUUGGAGGCCGCUUCCUUUUCAAGUGUAAGACCAUUACGUGUUGCAACGUGAGCACCUCUAUGGUGACAACAGUUACGUUUUAUGAUACUACCAUUCGUCCAGUGGCACCGCGAGGAGAGCCCCAAAUCAACUGGCGAUUUCCCUUUGACUUUUUCUUCCCCUUCAAAGCUGCCAUCAGUGGUGUCAAAAGUCAUCCUGCUUCAGAACUCUAUAUUGUAGUUCUCUGUUUAUUCACUCUGAAUCUUACUAGGAUGUGGCACAGAUGAAAACGGACUUUACAUCUGGGAAAAUUAAGCACAUUAAAGGCAGAAUAGGUUGUAGCUCAGGAAUCAUCAUAGGCAUCUCAACCAGCUGAAGUAAUUCACAUCACUACUGGAAAGGAAAGGUGCAUCACUUAAGAAUAUUUUUCUUACUUGCUGUUUGCCUUAAAAGUGACAGAUGCAUCUCCUUCGAACUGAAUGGUACUCAGGAGGAUUGGUCUUCUAAAACUUCUUUUUUUGGAUGAUGAGACAAGGCAACUGAUAAGUUUUCUGCAGUAAAACUGCCUUAGUAUAUUACAGCAGUACUACAACAAUGGUAACUGAAUUAACAGCUCUUGAAUUUACAAGCAGCAAAUGGUAGUUCAGAUGGAAUAUGAAAGGAAUACUAGAAUAAUGCUGACUGCAGGCAGCGUAUUGGUAAUUAUUUUAAUUAUAUAGUAAGUGCUAAGAUUCUAGGAGGGGGAUGAAACCGUAACAAAAAGUCUACUUUUUUUUUUUUUUUUUUUAAAUGAUGCAGCCCCAGAAAGCUACACAAGAGUGUUAAAUAUGUCUGCAAGGGAUGUCACAUACAAGCAUGAUGUGGAAAAAUGUUGCUGAAAUUUGUGUGUAGGGCAGGGAUGCCAAAUAAAAAACAGGAGGCAUGGAAAAAAUAGAAGCAUAUCACUGAACUCAAUAUUUGUGUAAGUGAUCCUUUAUGCACAGCAACAGCCAUGCUAAUGUGGAAAGGUGAACCUGAAAUUCUUUGUUGUGGACAGCAGAAGGAUGCUAAUGUAGAUACAUGUCCUCAUUUUUCUUUGGGGUAAUGCUACAGAAGUAACUUUGUCCACAGCAGAAGCACACACAAUUAGCUACACUAGACUGCACUCAUAACAACUUCCCAGAUUGAGAGUUCUAAAAAUUUAGCUCCAGGGAUUCUGACAACAAACUGAAUGUUCCACAUUACUGUCUUUCUCCACAUACAAAAUGUUUACUAUAAUACUUUGGAUUCUGUAGUUAUAACAAUACAAUAAAUUAUGUUUUUGUAAGAAA